UGGGCUCUGUCACCAAUGAGCAAUGAGUUCCUCGUCCCGCUGUCUGCACUGGAUGUAGGUGUGCAGACUCCUCUACCAGUACGACUCCCCCCCUGCUGGGCUCUGUUUGGAAACGACAGAGGCGGGGACGGAGAGUCGCAACACAGGAACGAGGAGCCCCUAGGGAAUGUGAAAGUCAAGGCCUUAAAUCCCCACGAUAAGACUUUACGUACUGCCGCGUUUCUCAUGGAAACAGAUGGAUUUGUGAGGAAGCGUCGGAUGACAGCGGAGACCGCAGGCGGUGAUGCCGGGGUUGCAGGAGCCUCAGCUGGGGCAGAAGUUCGAUGGCUCGGGGGCAGAUUCUGGGGAGUUUCAGAAAGUAUUGUUUGCAGCCUGACGCCGCGUAUCGGGGGGGAAUCGCAGCUGCAAAGUGUGGACGUUGUCUGCGCGGCUCAGGAUGCACAAGUAGAGGACUCGGAACCUGACUAUGAAGGUCUGCCACAGGGAGCAUCUACUAGCACCCACAUGUUGGCAGGCGCCGUAGCUGGGAUAAUGGAGCACUGCCUCAUGUUCCCCAUCGACUGUGUGAAGACAAGAAUGCAGAGUCUCCAGCCUGACCCCGCAGCACGCUACAAGAAUGUGAUGGACGCUCUUCGCCGGAUUGUUGCCACUGAGGGAGUCUGGCGACCACUAAGAGGCCUGAAUGCAACGGCCAUUGGCGCUGGGCCAGCUCAUGCUCUGUAUUUUGCCAGCUAUGAGAAACUCAAAAAGACUCUAAGUGAUACCAUUCAUCCAGGCGCUAACAGUCAUUUGGCUAAUGGAGCAGCUGGUUGUGUUGCCACAUUGCUUCACGAUGCAGUCAUGAACCCAGCAGAAGUUGUGAAGCAGCGCAUGCAGAUGUUUAAGUCGCCCUACCGGGGCGUGUUGGACUGUGUCGGCGCCAUGUGGCAAAGAGAGGGUCCUGCUGCCUUUUACCGCAGCUACACCACCCAGCUCACCAUGAACGUGCCCUUCCAGGUGCUCCACUUCAUGACCUAUGAGUACCUCCAGGAGCUGCUCAACCCUCACAGACUAUACAACCCCUCGUCCCACGUGGUGUCCGGGGCUCUGGCCGGGGCGAUCGCAGCGGCAGCCACCACGCCUCUGGACGUCUGCAAAACCCUGCUCAACACCCAGGAGUCUCACACCCUCGGCUCCGCCGGCCAAAGCCAGGGAGCCAACAGACACGUCUCAGGUCUGGUCCACGCCUUCAGGACGGUUUACAGGCUGGGCGGCCUGCAGGGCUUCUUCAAGGGAGUGCAAGCGAGGGUCAUCUACCAGAUGCCCUCCACAGCCAUCAGCUGGUCUGUUUAUGAGUUCUUCAAAUAUGGACUUACUAAGCACCAGCACAACAAUAUGAGAAUCCAACAUAUCAAGGCUGAGGUGUAGAUUUCCUAUGGGUUUAAUCGCCUCUCUUAUACAUCAGGCCUCGCUGUGGCCUCAUACGCACAUACAACCAGAUGAAAUACGCCUCAGUCAUCCAGAUCUCCUCAGACAGAGCAGAUAAGAAAGACACCUUCUGAACCAUUUUUAGUAAUUUUGCAUCUGUUCACCAUUUCAGCCAUAGGAUACAACUUUUACACAGUAUUUUCAAGUGUCGUUAAUUUUAAGUAAUCUCUUAAUUGAAGCAGAAGACACGAAGAAGAGUUUGGCAGUCAGCAGUGGGCAGUCAUAACCAUCUGUCAAGGGUUUACUUUAUGAAACUUUGUUUUUGCAUCAGAGUUUUAAUAUAACCAGAUAAAGCUUUUCAGAUAACAUAAGUCUACAUUACAUGUUUGGAGUUUAAUGUAAAAAUAGAAGAACUGGUUAAAAUUGUUAUGUUACAUAAACAUAGAUUUAUAUGUCCCUUAGCUGUUUACAGAUGCUUUUCAGGGGGCUUUUUCAACACAAUCUGUCAAAUUGUUAAUUUGCAAAGAAGAUUGAUUAUAAAAAAAAUAUUGAAUAAUACCCGAAGAAGCUACAGUUUUAAUGAUAUGGGUCAAAAUAUUUAACUUCUUGAUCAUAAAAUAAAUCUCAAUUUAUUAUUUAUGUCAGUAAAUAAAAUAGACCCAGUGCAGAACUUUGCAGACAAAUACCCUAAAAAAUACCUUAUUUAUUUAUAAUUAUUUUGUUCAGAGGUUUCUUCAAUCACAUGUAUUUUGGACUUUUUCCCUGCUGUUGAAAUGUGUAAUAACUGGUCUGUUUUCAGCUUUUUUGAACCACUGAGGUUUAAUGUUUGUGCGCAUCAUCAGCAGGAGUUUUGUUCUUACUGCAACCAAAAGAGGAGCUGAAUUCAUAACAUUUCACACACCCAACCUGAAGCUGUCAUUCUUACUUGCUGAUGUCUGUUUCCAACACUGAAUUGCACUUGUUCAAUAAAACUUCAGCGGAGGGGCUCUGCUCACUGUUCGUAAAAGAGAAAAGUUCUCCUUUUAUGUGUUUAAACACGAGACUUCUACACUCCUGUAGAAGGUGACUUUUAGUGGCUAGAUUUACCGUGCAGUUGAAGGUUGGGGCUGGACUAAAGCACUGUUUAGUCACAGGUGAGUUUACCAAAUUCCACCAUUUUACCAUCAACAUGCAUAAUUAGAUAUUUUCUAUUUUAACCCUAGUAUUAUAACGCCAUCGUCUUGUGGAACCUUUAAACGAUCCCCAUACACUCACCCUUGGAGAGGACACAGGCGAGUAGUCACAUUUUAAGCUGCAGUAGGUAACUUUAAUAAAAGAAAAUGUGUUUAUGUUGAAUCUAAGACUACAUCUUGACAGUGAGAUAAUCUGCGAAAACGAAGUCCUUUGGCUCUGGUUCUAGUUGUUUUUGCAGUGUUUUUCUGCAGGUGGCAGUAGGAACACAGGGAGGACGUAUAGAAGCUAUAUUUGUUUUCUGCAGAUUCUGUUUCGUAUUGUUACGUCAGGACAUAGUGACAGUUUGAUUUUUUUUUUAAUAUGUCCAAAAAACGUUUUGCAACAUUAACAAGCAGCUUCUUUACACUCAGUGCUCUAUUUGUCUUUUUUAGAUAAACAUUUGUCACAUUAACACAUUAACUUGGAUCUAUUCCUGGAAAGGACGUGUUUAAAACUUGUAGAAUUUAGUGUCUCCAAUCCUCUUGAAAUCACAUUUGCUCUUCCAGCAGCUCUUGAAUUUGAGUGUGCAGCUAUUUUUUCAUCCAUUUCGAGGCAGGUAUAGUUGUUUAGUCUUGAGCACAGGUGCAGAUUUCAACUUUGACCCCUUAGACUUUCAGAAACGACUUGUGACCUAAUGGGUGCACAGCCUGCAUCCAAACAAGUGCAAAAGUAACACUUGGGAAUUCGUCAAAUGACGCAUGACAAAGUACAUUUUGAUAGAAGAUGAGUUGGAAAGCGUAUUUAAGAGAUGACAUGGCAUCUUACAGUCAAUACAAGCAUUACAGCUCAUUCUUUUCAAUAAUUUUGAGUAAGAGGGCUGUUUUUUCAUUUAUUUAUUAAUUGAUUUGAAAAAAUAUUUUUACAUAUAGAUACCUGGUAGGCUAGAGUCUUAGAUAUUUUCUAAAUUGACAUUUGAAAUAGGAAACCAAUCUGUCAAAAUGAGAUGUUAUUUAUAAAUUGCAUUAAAGCAAUUACAAAUCUGUUCCAUAACCAGGUUGUUCAAUCUGUCUACAUCUUUUAAGGCUUAGUAGCAAAAAUCCUAUUUAUAGUCCUUAAAUGUAUUUCAUGUUACAGGCACCAACUACUAAAAGGUUUCCAUGGAUUCUUUAGUAUUCAGUUCUAAGUCUGAUAUUCUUUAUGAGAUCCACUGCAAUCAUUAACCCUCAGAAGUCACCUAGUUAAUAAAUAGUCUCCACCAAUAAUUAGUCCACUUUUGAUAAGUAAAUUUCGGACAUACUCUCUUGCUCUCCUAUAUUUUCAUUCAGCAUAUGAAAGUGAAAGUGAUAAUUGUAGCUGAACUACAACAAGAGAUGUUUAGUCUAAUUUAACUUCAGACAUAGAAAAAAAAAGAAA